UAUUGCAUCAAUUUCUCCAUCCUUCAAUUUCAAGUAACAUUACUAAACUUUGACAAAAGAUGGGUUACAAGGCAUUUCUGUUUCUUGGCCUUUUUUUGGCCAUUUUUGUAAUGAUAAGCUCUGAGGUUUUAGCUAGGGAUUUGGCUGAGACUUCCACCACUUCAGCAGAGGACUCAAAGAAAUCCAAUAGCAAGAAUGAAGUACAUGAAGCUCAAUAUGGUGGCGGAGGAUACCCUGGCGGCGGAUACCCUGGCGGUGGUGGUAGAUAUCCUGGCGGUGGUGGUGGAUACCCUGGUGGCGGCCGUGGUGGUGGUGGAUACCCUGGUGGUGGCCGUGGUGGUGGUGGACGCGGUGGCGGUGGACGUGGUGGUGGUGGACGCGGUGGUGGUGGAGGAUACUGCCGCUAUGGUUGCUGCGGCCGCCGGAAUUACAAUGGUUGCAGCAGGUGCUGCUCCUACAAAGGGGAGGCCAUCCAUGGAUAAGGUCACUAUAUAAAACCUUUGUACUUGCAAGAUGUAAUAGUAAUAAUCUUGCUGCUUUUUAGAGCUUGUUGUAACAAGUUAUAAAUAAAAGCCACUAUGUAAUAUUUGUGUUAAUUAUGCAAUGGUGUGAUAAUGUUUUCCCUUUUGA